CUGAGAUGGAUGAAUCAAUAAAUCUAGAGAUAAACAACAACAAUGAUAAUUUACUAGAUAUGACUUUUAAUAAUGAACUACAGAACAAUCUACUAGACUCUCCUUCAAUAUCCACGCGAUCUCCAAAGAGAGAGAAAAGGAGAAUUGAUAAGUCGAUAUCCCGGCCAUUGAACAGACCAGAAGUCUUUAAUAACCAAUCAAACGUUGACAAAGUACUCGAUAGCGCUAUCCUUAGAAAUACCAACGAGAAUUAUCAAAGACUAGAACAAGAACAACAAAGGUUAAACGAAAUCGCGUUCGAGAAAUCAAAACAGGCGAGAAUAGAGCAGGAGAAGUUCAAACAGGAGCGUCUCAACGCCGCUAAAAAGCGGGAAGAAGCACGCUUACUCAGGGAGGAGGCUGCUCGUCAGGAAGCUCAACGAGUAGAGGAUGAAAGGAGAGCGAGGGACCAACACGAACGCGAACUCGCAGCAAAGAGACGCCGAGAGACCCUAAAGAGAAGAGAAACCGAGCGCCUAUCUAGAGAGAAAAUUGAGGCUGAACUCAAGUUGACAAAGGAAAGAGAAGCGAAAGAGAAAGCACAAAAACUCGAACAGGAGCGUCAAUCUAGAGAAAUCGAAGCCAGUCGGAGACGCGAGGAGGCUGCGAAAAGACGUGAAGAAAUCAAACUCGCUAGGCAGGCUAAAGAGGAAGAAGCUGCCCGCGUAGAGGCCGAACGCAUCGCUAAAGAGAAAGAAGCAGAAGCGAAAAGGAGAGACGAACUUCGAAUCAAAAGGGAGCGUGAAAGGCAGGCUAAAGAAGCCGAGGCCGCUCAACUCGCGAAAGAGAGACAAGAAGAGGAAGCUCGCAAAAUCAAAGAGAAAGCAGAAUAUGAGGCUCGUAUAGCAAAAGAGAAAGAACUCGAACGAGCUCGUUUGACUAUAGAAAGACAAGAGAAUGAAGCUAGGAUAGCGAGGGAGAAGGCUGCUGAAGAAGCUCGCCUAGCUGAAGAGCGCAAACAACGUGAAGAAGAAGCUGCACGUGUGGCUAAAGAGAGAGAAGAGCAGCAAAGGAGAGACGAAGCUGACCGUCUGGCUAAAGAGAAAGAAGAGAAGGCAGCACGUUUAGCGAAAGAAAGAGAAGAAGAAGAAGCCUCGCGACUUGCACAACAAAAGAAAGAAGAAGCAGCUCGGGUAGCUAAACAACGAGAGGAAGAGGCCGCUCGCCUAGCAAAGGAAAAGGAAGAAGCCACAAGACUUGCACAACAAAAGAGAGAAGAAGCUGCUCGUAUAGCUAAACAAAAGGAGGAAGCAGCACUUCGUCUGACUAAGCAGAAGGAAGAAGAGGCAGCACUCUUAGCUAAACAACGCGAAGAGAAAGCUCUCCAAAGGACCAAAGAAAGAGAACAAAAGCAGCGUGAAGCUAAGGAAAGAGCAAAACAAGAACAAGAAAGACUACUUCAAGAAGAAGCCGAAAAGGCUGCUCACGUCGCCAAAGAGCGUGAAGAGCAAGUCAAGCGAGUGAAAGAUCGUGAAGCUAAACAACGUGAACAUGCUGAGAGGCUCCAUCGCGAAGAGCUAGCAGCUAUCGCAGCUAGGAAGGAGCUAGAAGCGAGAGAUAAAGCCACCCGAGAGGAGCAGCACCGACUCCGUGAAAGAGCUAAACGUGAGGACGAACAAGCCAAACGUCGCGACCUCCAACGGAAAAAGCAGCAGCAAGACGAAGAACGUGCAGAAACUCACAAGAAACGUCAAGCUAAAGUCGCUGCUCAGAAAGCCAAAGAGGUUGCACUUGCAAGGGAGAAAGCUGAAGCUGCAGAAGAUGCUGCUCGUGAAGAAGAAUACAGGCUAGCCAGAGAAGAGCUAGAGCGUGAAGAAGUUAUUGCUCAGUUGGGCAUAUUGGUUGAUGAAUCAGAUGGUAAUGACAAUGGUACUAGAUCCAGACGUCCAAUCAGAGAAAAACAAAUUAAUAGACAUGAACCUUCAGUGCAGACGUCUAAAACUACUGUCGAUCAAAAAGGGAAACGCAAAGCGUCUACUCAAGCAGAACCAAAUAAAGACGAUCUAUUCGCGAGACGCCAAAGGGAUGCCCAACGCAGUCAAAACAAAACAACUAUACCGAUUGCCUUCAAUUUUGCCACUGGUGGUCCACGAGCUCGUAAAACUAAGUCACCAAUUAAAAAAUCAUACCAAUCACCAUACCUCAAUAAGAACAUUCGUCAUCGUCGAAUAAUACCAACACAAUCCACAAGUAGUCCACUCAGGGUUGAUGGUAAGACAGCUAGAGAGAGACAACGUGACUAUGCGGACUCCUUGAAGCGAGGUGCACCAGCAAUAUCCAACCCAUCACCUAGCAAGCGACGUAAACGAAAUGCUGUAUUCCCAUCACCUACGAAAUCUCAUAGACUUGAGUCAAUCAGGACAAUGGAAGAGCAGAGGGAAAAGCUGAGACGGUCUAUGACGCCCAACAACUUAAUAACUAAUAUAGAAUUAAAGACAUUCAAUUUCCAAUCGGAUGAGAGACACCAGUUGCAUUCUGAAAGAUUCAAAAAUCGCGUCAAACAAUGGAGACAGUUUGAGAAAGAUCAACGGGAAUUCCACAGUAGUGAUAUGCCAAAUUUCAGUGAACUUCAUGAGAAAUCUAAGAGAAAUUUCGAAAACCGAAAGAGAAUGGCUAGGGAGAAGAUGACCAAUACCCAACCGAGUGCUAUCAAUUUAUCAACUGAAGGUCGAUCAAAGACUACUUUCCAUAGCUAUUUAGAAGAACGUGAGAGAUUACGCAAUCAACACAGGGAACAACAAGCUGAGGAGAAACGACAACGUGAAGUAGAAGAGGAUAAGGAAUAUAGGAGGCAACUUGACCAGCUUGCAAAGGAGCGUGUUCAUCCUAAUCCUUUUCAUUAAACCACACUUAUUUUAUGGAUAAAUAAUGAAUUAAUUUAGUUGUACAUUUUUUACGAUUUUAUACUUUUUACGAUGUUAUAAUAAAGUGAAAUAAAAUGUCUACUGCUUCUGUUUGUUUUUCUUGUUUUGCUCUUGCUCAAGGUUUCCAUUCACGCUUGACUUACGCUUCUUCGAUUGUGGCUUAGAUUGUGAUUGUGAAACGAGAGCAUUGAGCUGCUGUGCCAAUGAUUGAACACCUUUGAAUUUAUCAAUUGAACCCAAAGUAGUUAUAAUCGAUUGUAAUGUUGUAACAUCCCAAUCUUCUUCGACAGGACCAUCUGUAAUCUUCUUUUGGAUCCUUACCAAAGCUAACGCACAUUUGAAUACCUCCUUCAGUUUGCUGGCGUUCGUCUUGUCCUUUGAUUCACAGGAUGUUACAACGAAUGAGUAGACACCUUGUCUGAUCUUUGGUAUGGAUUUAAGUAUUUCGUCCUUCUUUCCAACAUCAACCAAUUGUUUAUGUUGUCCGAAGAGGGUUUGUAACAUUGUCAAUGAUUGUAUCUGUCUAUAGCUAUUCGUUGCUUGACCAUCAAUAGCUGUAUGCAAGAAUUCAUCCAACAAGCUAAAUGAUUGAACUGGGUAACGACGAAUGUAGUCAGUGAAUAUAGUUGGGUUCAAGCGUGUGUGCUUUCUAUUACUAAAGUCCUUCCAACUUGAGAUGUAAAUUUCCUUAGCUUUAGAUUCAGCUGGUUUAUCGCUGUAAUUUGAUGUAAUGACUCUAAAUAAGUAUAAAGAUAAUUGGUUGCAAGUUGUCAAAAUAUCACUCGUUCUUGAUUUUCUAGCGACAUUAUGUAUUUCUUCGAAUAUACCCAAAAGCUCCUCCUCGUUGAGCUUAGAUGUUGGGAUAUCCUUAGCUUUAGCCAAACGUUGCUUAAGAAUUGAAGUAGCUUUAGAUGAGAGUUGUUGCUCAGUCAAACCAGCGUUGAUGACGAUCUCCAAAAGUGGAAGUAUAAGUUUCAAGACCAAUGAAUUGGAUGAUUGCUUCUUAGCGUAAACAUCUAACAAGUCUAUCAGUCUGUUCUUAGCAUGUUGAGCUUCACGUUGAGCACCCUGCUUAGCUUUCUUGUCUCCAACUCUAGAUUUGAAGAUCUCAGCGAGUUGGUCGUCAAGCAUCAUCAUUUGCUCAUCGGUCAUGUCAUCGCCAUUAUCUACAUCUUCAUCUUGUUCCAUACUAUCGUCGUCUUCAUCGUCAGACAUAGGCUGUCCUAAAGCUUUAGCUAAUUUGCGCUCAAAUUCUGGAUCGACAGCUUCAUUGAUAUCAUCUUCGUUGUCAUCAUCACUCAUCUCAGAGGCAACUUCAUCUUCUGCUUCUUCUUCAUCAUCUCCUUGAUCUUCAUCAUCGUCACCUUCGCCUUCACCCUCUUCCAUCUCCUCAUCUUCUACACCUUCAUCGCCAGGUUGUGAAGUGAGUUGACCAAGAAUCAUCUCCAAUGCUUCCUCGUCGACUUCGGAUGUAAAUGCAGUGAAAGCGUUGAUGGCCAUAGUACGUAAGAAGACUGACGAACGCUCAAGUAAUGAUACUAAAACAUCAACAAGUACGGCAACUGCUGAUGGCUCUUCGCCUUCUUCUUCAGUUGCAGCUUUCUUGUUUUUCUUCGGUGACUUAGCAGCGAAUAACAUUGAAGAAGCACUAGCUAAUUCUUCCAAAACAUCAGAAAUACCAUCAAUAUUAUCAUAUGAUUGAAGAAUGACACUCAAUAAUAAGAGUUCGUAAGCGUGAUGACGGACUUCCGAUCCCUUUCCUUUCUUGUUGACUUUGCUUAAGCUAUCCAAUGCCUCUUUACGAGCGGAUAUCACUUCAUCUUCAUAUUGUAUAGCCUUGCUGACGUUCUUGUCUUUCUCGACAGAUGUGAUGAGGUCGUAUACCCUUUUCACCCAGAGCUCACCAUCUUUGGUCACACCGACUAAUUUCUUCGCAUCCGGAGUCUUUGAUAGUUCAGCCAAAGUUGAGAGCAUGUGGGAGCGAGCUGUCGCCCUGUCAGUGUCUGAAAGUGGUGGUUGAGGUGGAUUCUUGAGUAUUUCAUGUUUAGACUUUGAUGAAGCUUUACGAGGUAUGAAAAUACCAUUUAAUGUGAAGCAUUCCAAUACACUCCAGAUCCAUUCAUCGCUAUGUGGGAUUUGAGAAUUACGAAUGAGUGAUAACAAUUGAUCUAAUGCCCAUUUACGUUGCUUGAUAUCUGAUGAUUCACCGUGGAUAUAUUGACGAAUAUGUUCAACAUAUUGGGUUACACCAUCAGCAGUCAUUGAUGUUAAGAUAUUUGCGACAGUCUUUGUUCCGGUCAAUUUGUCAAAGUUUGCACUACCAUGUUUACCAAGGAGUUGUAAAAUAAGUGGUAAACCUAAUUCAGGAUUUUGUGCAAUAAGUGGCUGCAAUUCUUGGGCAAUUUUCAUAGCUGCCUUGUGAAGUAAUCUAUCCUCACCGCGGAGGUUAUUGAUCCAAGUGCGCAUGAAAUUUGGUGUGAACAAUGAGCCCAGAUCUUCAACAGUCAAACGUGGUAAAGCCAAACUGAAGACGGAGAAACCCCAGUAUUUGCGUUGAGGUGAGAUGUUUGAUUGGAAUAAUGAUUCAUCUAUGCAAUGUCUAUAAAAUUCUUGAAAUGGUGCGCGUGAUUUGUAUGCGUCGUUUUGUUGAUCUGAGAAAUAAAUAUCUAAAAUUUGUGGCCAAAUCCAAUGUAAUUGAGGUUUCCAUACACCUGAACCAGGGUUUGCUUUCUCAACAUCAGCUGAAGCUUCUCUCAAAACGCGAGCUAAAACAGUCAGAUUUUGUGAAGCAAGUGGUAAAGGAUGCUUGAAAAUUGGCUGAACGUGUGGUACGUAAUCGAUAUCCUUAUGGUUUGCUUCUAACCAAAGUAAAAUACCCAACUUUUCUGGACCCCAAAUAUCUUUUUCUUCACCUUGGAAAAGAAUAUCAAGGGUUACAUUAACAGCGUCUGCUAACCAAGAUACUUUAUUCUUUGUAACUUGCUUUAAGGCAUUGAGAGUAGUCCAUCCUGUAGCUUCCUUAAGCCAGACCUUCGAUCUUCCUAGAUCAGUGAGGUUGAUGAUAAUUUGCUUGAAAUCUUCAAGAGUUGUUGAUUGUUUGACGAUCAAUCCUGAGUCAAUGAGUGCUUGUAUACCGAAUAAUCUACCGAAUAUCAAGUCUCUCUCCUCAGAUCCUUUGAUGUUUCCUACUGGUUCUGUGUGGUGCUUUACUAAUGGAAGAAUGUGCGAUAAC